AUGACGAGCACAUUCCUGAUUGAUGACUUCCAUUUCUCCAGUCAAGUAACCGACCAGCAGUUCCGGGUGCUAAACAGAGAUUCGUGCCCAUCCUUCCUUUCCCCUCCUGUCUCAUCAUUCCCUGAGAGCAGUGAAGUGAGAUUCCUGGAUGGAAAUGGAGCCACCCCUUCCCCCAGCCCAAGAGGGUUCCUGUCCAGCACCAAUGGGGGAAAGUUCCAGCAUCCCAGCCCGCUCCCCAAAGCCCAUCCCACCACCGCCUCCUUGCCAAUCGCAGAGAUUGGUGUGGGCACCACUGGCUUCGGCAUCUUCUUCAUCCUCUUUGGAAUACUCCUGUACUUUGAUUCGGUGCUCCUGGCCUUCGGAAACCUCCUGUUCCUGGCCGGCCUCUCCAUCAUCAUCGGCCUGAAGAAGACACUUGCCUUUUUCUUCCAGAGGCACAAGCUCAAGGGGACCAGCCUCUUCCUGCGGGGUGUGGUCAUUGUGCUCCUGUGCUGGCCCCUCCUGGGCAUGUGCCUGGAAACCUACCGAUUCUUUAGCCUCUUCAAGGGCUUUUUCCCUGUGGCCUUUGGCUUCCUGGGCAAUGCCUCCAACAUCCCCUUCCUGAGUGCACUGUUCCGGAGGCUUCAAGGCACAAGCUCAAUGGUCUGA